CUCCAUAUACAGUAGCCCCUAUCUGUCUUUCCCUUAUCUUGGUUGGUUCAGGGUAUCUCUCUUGUCCAAUCAGGAUAUGUGUUAGAUAAUGACACCACGGGGUACGUUUCGGUAGAUGCUCUUAAAUACCAGGAAUAAAUCUUGUAGCAUCACAACUCACUUGUUCAGCGUAAGUAAACAAUGUUUGAACCUCGUAUUGCUAUUUACAAUGUUUAUUAUGUAAACUUAUAUUACGGCCAGUGCGUUCAUUUUAGGCGGUACUAUUACUUUAUUUGUAGAGAAAUCCCCAUUGGAUUAUAAGAACCAAUAUUUUUUAUUGUAAUAUUGACAAUUUUUUAGGUUUAAAGUUUUAAUAUUAACCACAGUAAAAUCCUAAGUUAUAAUGUUUGAUUUUGCUUCAUAUAUACCACCGGUGAAACAAUGUUAUAUUCUUUAUUUCAGUUAGUUGUCAGAACCAGACCUAGAGAGAUCACUUUAGUCGCCAUAUCUUUUUUUUUCAUCAAUAGCAAGUAAUCAUGUCUUACGAUCCCAAUGAUCCCGACUUCCAAUAUUUGGCUGUCGACCGUAAGAAGAUGAUGAAGGAACAGACUCAAGCUUUCGAUGGUAAAAAAGCUUGUUGGGUUCCAGAUGAAAAGAACAUGUUUUUACCCGCCGAGAUCACUGGCUCCAAGGGCGAUGACAUUGAAGUCAAGAUAACUACCACCAAUGAAUCAAGAACUGUGAAAAAAGAUCAAAUCCAACAGAUGAAUCCUCCUAAAUAUGAGAAGAUCGAAGAUAUGGCCAAUAUGACCUACCUGAAUGAGGCGUCAGUUCUUCAUAACUUGAAAUCACGUUACACCGCCGGUCUCAUUUAUACUUACUCUGGUCUGUUCUGUGUAGCUGUGAAUCCCUACCGACGUCUACCUAUUUACACCAUGAGUGUUAUCUCUAAAUAUAGAGGUAAACGAAAGAUGGAAAUGCCUCCCCAUUUAUUUGCUAUUGCUGAUAACGCCUACCAAUCUAUGGUACAAGAACGUGAAAACCAAUCUGUUUUAAUUACUGGUGAAUCUGGUGCUGGUAAAACUGAAAAUACCAAGAAAGUUAUUAUGUACUUCGCCCAAGUUGCUGCAAUGGGUCACAAACCAACUGAAGAGGAAGAAGCUACAGACAGUAAAAAGGGUACAUUGGAAGACCAAAUUGUACAAUGUAAUCCAGUACUUGAGGCUUAUGGUAACGCCAAGACAACCCGUAACAACAACUCUUCUAGAUUUGGUAAAUUUAUCCGUAUCCAUUUUGGUACUCAAGGUAAAAUCUCUGGAGCUGAUAUUGAACAAUAUUUGUUGGAGAAAUCUCGAGUCACCUUCCAGCAACCUGCUGAAAGAAACUAUCAUAUUUUCUACCAGCUUCUGUCUAAUGCUAUUCCAGAAUAUAACGAGAAACUAUUGGUGAACCCAGACCCAGCUUUAUACUCAUUUUUAAACCAGGGAUGUCUGACUGUUGAUAAUAUUGAUGAUGUUCAGGAAAUGAAAGAUACUGAUGUUGCUUUCGAUGUUUUGGGUUUUUCCACUGAAGAGAAACAUGGAGUCUUUAAAUGUACUGGUGCUAUCCUCCAUUUUGGUGAAAUGAAAUUCAAACAACGAGGGGAACAGGCUGAAUCUGAUGGCAAUGCUGAGGCUGAGAAGGUAGCUUUCUUAUUGGGUAUCAACUCUGGAGAUCUUAUGAAAGGUUUGAUCAAACCCAAGAUCAAGGUCGGCACAGAAUUUGUCACCCAAGGUAGAACCAAAGUUCAAGUCGUCAACUCUGUUGGUGCUUUGGCUAAAUCUCUCUACGAUCGUAUGUUCAAGUGGAUGGUUGUUCGACUGAACAAAACUCUGGAUACUAAAGCAAAAAGACAAUUCUUCAUUGGUGUACUAGAUAUUGCUGGUUUUGAAAUCUUCGAUUUCAACAGCUUUGAACAGUUGUGUAUCAACUACACCAAUGAACGUCUACAACAGUUCUUCAACCAUCACAUGUUUGUACUGGAACAGGAGGAAUACAAGAAAGAGGGCAUUGACUGGGAAUUCAUUGAUUUUGGAAUGGAUUUACAAGCUUGUGUGGAUCUUAUUGAAAAGCCUAUGGGUAUCUUGUCCAUCCUAGAAGAAGAAUGCAUGUUCCCAAAAGCCGAUGAUAAGUCCUUCAUGGAUAAAUUAUACAACAAUCAUUUGGGUAAAUCACCGAACUUUGGUAAACCAGUUGGUAAGAAAGUGAAAGGCGAAGCUCACUUUGAACUUCAUCAUUAUGCUGGUACUGUACCAUACAGUAUUACUUCCUGGUUAGAAAAGAACAAGGAUCCCUUGAACGAAACCAUUGUAGAACUCUUGGUCCACUCCAAGGAAGCUCUUGUAGCUGCUUUGUUUGCUCCUGCAGAUCCUGGAGCAGCAGCUGGGGGUGCUACCAAGAAGAAGAAGAGUUCUGCUUUCCAGACUAUUUCUGCCACACACAGGGAGUCUUUGAACAAACUAAUGAAGAGCUUGUACACAACGCAUCCUCAUUUCGUGAGAUGUCUUAUCCCCAACGAAUUCAAACAACCGGGGGAGGUUGAUGCUCAUUUAGUACUUCACCAGCUCCAGUGUAAUGGUGUAUUGGAAGGUAUCCGUAUUUGCCGAAAGGGAUUCCCAAACAGAAUCAUACACUCUGAGUUUAAACAAAGAUACUCUAUCUUGGCUCCCAAUGCUAUUCCUGAAGGAUUCGUUGAAGGCAAGACUGUUGCCACGAAGAUUCUCCAGGCGUUGGAAUUGGAUACUAACGAAUAUAAAUUGGGUUCCACUAAAGUCUUCUUCAAAGCUGGUGUUUUGGGUUAUCUCGAAGAUCUUCGUGAUGAACGACUGAGUAGUAUCAUUUCCAUGUUCCAAGCCCACAUCCGCGGUUAUUUAGUAAAGAAAUCCUACAAGAAACUCUGCGAUAGAAGAGUUGGUCUAUCAGUCAUUCAAAGAAACAUCCGAAAAUGGUUGGGUAUGCGCAAUUGGCUCUGGUGGAAGAUGUACACCAAGGUCAAGCCUCUUUUGAACGUUGCCCGUGCCGAGGACGAGAUAAAGCAGAAAGAGGAAUUGUUCGAAAAAACUAAAUCCGAAUUAGAGAAAACCGAAAAGGUUAAAAAGGAGCUUGAAGAACAGAAUACAGUUUUAUUACAACAGAAAAACGAUAUGUUCAUUCAACUCCAAGCAGAACAAGAUAACGUUGCUGACUGCCAAGAGAAAAUCGAAAAGCUUAUCCUUCAAAAAAUUGACUUUGAAGCUCAACUUAAAGAAUUUGAAGACCGUAUCUUGGACGAGGAAGAUGCUGUUGGCUGUCUUGAAGAAAAGAAAAAGGAACUUGAAAAAACCAAUGACGAUUUAAGGAAAGAUAUUGAAGAUCUUGAUACUUCUCUUGCUAAAGCCGAACAAGAAAAAGUAACGAAGGAUAACCAGAUUAAAACUUUGAAUAACGAAAUCGGUCAACAAGAUGAGAUGAUCGGUAAACUCAAUAAAGAUAAGAAAAAUAUGGAAGAAGCUAACAAGAAAUUGACUGAAAGUCUGCAAGCUGAAGAAGACAAAGUCAAUAAUCUUAGUAAACUGAAGACUAAAAUGGAACAAACCCUGGAUGAGUUGGCAAACAACCUAGAACGCGAAAAGAAGGUUCGAGGUGAUGUAGAGAAAGUUAAAAGAAAACUAGAACAAGAUUUGAAAACGAAUCAGCAAUCAGUUGAAGAAUUAGAACGAAUUAGACGAGAGUUGGAAGAAGGUAUGAGAAAGAAGGAUGUUGAAAUCAAUUCUCUUCACUCAAGAGUUGAAGAUGAGCAGACGAGCGUCACGCAACUUCAAAAGAAAAUCAAAGAAUUUCAGUCUACCAUUGAAGAGCUUGAAGAAGACCUCUCUGCUGAAAAGCAAACACGAGCUAAGGUUGAGAAACAGCGAAAUGACUUGACUCACGAAAUUGAAGAUAUCAGUGAACGACUGGAUGAAGCUGGUGGCGCCACUUCUGCUCAGAUUGAAAUCAACAAGAAACGUGAACAGGAAUUGUUGAAACUAAAAAGAGAUCUUGAAGAGAGUCAGCUACAACAUGAUGCUCAAGUUGCUAGUCUCAGAAAGAAACAACAAGAUGCUGUUAAUGAAUUAUCUGACCAGGUUGAGCAACUACAGAAGGUUAAAAGCAAGUGA